UUUUUUUUUCUUAUUUUACUUCUCGUUGUUUUCACCCGUUUGGGAGAACAAUCUCGAUCACCUCCUCAGCAAAAGGCAGCUUCCCAAGCAGCAGGCAGGCCUCAAUAAAAGGCUGGUGGGCGUGUUCCCCGCCCGAGGCCGGUAGUUGGACCGCGAGGAGGCUGGGGAAACCAUCCCACACUGGAGCAGCGAGUAUAAAGAGCCUGGCUGCAGCCGCGGGGCAGCUCUGGGCUUCGCAGGGGGACACACAAGCCUCGUAGGUCCACAUCCGAGCCGAGUUUCAGUCCGGACACCACGAAGAUGGCACCCAUUGGGGGCAAAAAGGCCAAAAAGGGCAUCCUCGAACGUUUAAACUCUGGAGAGGUUGUGAUUGGAGAUGGAGGGUUUGUCUUUUCACUGGAGAAGAGGGGCUAUGUGAAGGCAGGCCCCUGGACCCCGGAAGCUGCUGUUGAGCACCCAGAAGCAGUUCGCCAGCUUCACCGAGAAUUCCUCAGAGCUGGAUCCAAUGUCAUGCAGACCUUCACCUUUUAUGCGAGUGAAGACAAGCUGGAGAACAGGGGGAACUAUGUGGCAGAGAAAAUAUCCGGGCAGAAAGUCAACGAAGCAGCUUGUGACAUCGCCCGGCAAGUGGCUGAUGAGGGAGACGCUUUGGUGGCAGGAGGCGUGAGUCAGACGCCUUCGUACCUCAGCUGCAAGAGCGAAACUGAAGUUAAAAAAGUAUUUCAGCAGCAGUUAGAGGUCUUCAUGAAGAAGAAUGUGGACUUCUUGAUUGCAGAGUAUUUUGAACAUGUUGAAGAGGCCGUGUGGGCGGUUGAAGCCUUGAAAGCCUCUGGAAAGCCAGUGGCAGCGACCAUGUGCAUCGGCCCCGAGGGAGACCUGCACGGCGUGACCCCCGGCGAGUGUGCAGUGCGCCUGGUCAAAGCAGGAGCUUCCAUCGUUGGUGUGAACUGCCAUUUUGACCCCACAAUUAGUUUGCAAACAGUGAAGCUCAUGAAAGAAGGCCUGCAGGCUGCCGGGUUGAAAGCCCACCUGAUGAGUCAACCCUUGGCCUACCACACUCCUGACUGUGGCAAACAGGGAUUUAUCGAUCUGCCAGAAUUCCCCUUUGGACUGGAGCCCAGAGUCGCAACCAGGUGGGACAUUCAAAAAUACGCCAGAGAGGCCUACAACCUGGGGGUCAGGUACAUCGGCGGGUGCUGUGGAUUCGAGCCCUAUCACAUCAGGGCGAUUGCAGAGGAGCUGGCCCCAGAAAGGGGCUUUUUGCCACCAGCUUCAGAAAAACAUGGCAGCUGGGGAAGUGGUUUGGACAUGCACACCAAACCCUGGAUUAGAGCCAGGGCCAGGAAGGAAUACUGGGAGAACCUUCGGAUAGCCUCAGGCAGGCCGUACAACCCUUCCAUGUCAAAGCCGGAUGCCUGGGGAGUAACCAAAGGAACCUCCAUGCUGAUGCAGCAGAAAGAAGCCACGACUGAGCAGCAGCUGAGAGAGCUCUUUGAAAAACAGAAAUACAAAUCUGCGUAGUCGCCUCAGUGGAACCCAAUUUUGUGAAUUCUUCUAUAUUUGGGCCACAGUUCUUAGAAAUAAGGAAAAGAUGGUUAAAAUACAAUGCUCCUAUUAACGCCAGCCUAUACAUCAAAUUGGUAUGAGCUGAACAAAACAGAGUUACAGACAGCACUUGACAAUGUUAAAAGUAUGUUUUAGAAGUUUCCUUAGAAGCAACAUAAGUACGAAGCGAAUCUUAAGCAGGUUUACUAAGAACCCACUGUGUAGAAGGCAUUGAGGAAAUCGCUGUGGCCAAGGAAGGGUAAUCCUGACGUUAAUCCCCACUUCAAGACGCUCACAGGCUAGUGAGGAGGAUUAGACAUGAACUGUCAUAAAGGGCUCCGUGACCAGAUUGGGACAGAUAAAGUGAUAUAGGGAAGUGACUUCCAAGCUCCUGCGAACAUGACCCUUGGCAAGAAAUACAAUUUCAUAUAAUGACCCAGGGAGGCACAUACCAUACAACCACUGAAAUAAAAUGUGUGGUCUAUUCUGGUA